AUGCCCCAAGGAGAGCCUGCAAGUCAGCCCAAAACUUUCGGAUACAUGUUUCUGGUGCUGACAAGAGGGCCAGAAAUUUCGGAUGUAUAUCCCGAGCUAUACGGUGAUACACAGACUCACUUCUUUACACUUUGGGCGGUAGAUGAGCAAUCUUCUACAGGAUGCUAUAAUCUUCAAUGUAACGGUUUUGUAUUACAAAAUGCUACUAGCAUUGUUCCAGGAGUUGUCUUAAAUCCAGUUUCUACAGUUGAUGGACCACAGUAUGAAGUAACAAUAAAGGUUUUUAAGGAUCCAACAUCUGGAGAUUGGUGGCUCUACUUUGGACAUGAUGAUAAUCUCAAUCCAGUAGGAUACUGGCCAAAAUCACUCUUUACUUCCUUAGCAAAUAAAGCAACUAGAGUUGACUUUGGUGGACAAGUAACUUUCCCAAAGAGUGACACGGGUCCUCCGAUGGGUAGUGGACAUUUUCCAGAGGAUCAUAAGGCCGCUUACUUCAAAGAUACUAACUAUAUUGAUAAAAAUGGCGGUUUCUUUCUUCCGGAUAAUCCUGAUUUCAGAGUGGACAGUCCUGAUUGUUAUAAUCUUGGAGGUUUUGAUACUGAUCAUUUUUUAUAUGGUGGACCUGGUGGUUGUACUAAUUAG